GGCUGCAGGUUUGGCACCGGCGGCAAAAAAGGGGACACACGCAGCACUGAGGAGGAACUGAGAAUGAAAGACCGCGUUCAAACAAAGUGGCCGCGAGUUUCUGUUGGGAAAGCAUCAAGAUCUGCUACAAACUGUGCAGGAUUGCGUUCAUCUCCAAAAUCCGGGUUGCAGCCGGUGAUUGGCAGGAGGAGGAGAGUCUGACGGAGGAGCAGAGGAAUGUUGGCAGCCAUUUAGUCUGAGCUCAACAACGGAGGAAACAUGGAUUCUUCACAAAAAAAAUGUAAACACAGCAAUGGAAUGCGAUGUGGGACUUCUGAGGUGGAUAAGGAUGGUUCGGCAACAACAGCAAAAAGAGAUAAAUCACUCAGUUGUGAGCAAUGUGGCAAGACUUUUAUCACAGCAACAAAGCUAAGAAUUCACAAACGUAUUCACACUGUGGAGAAACCAUUCAGGUGUGAUCAGUGUGGAAAGGCUUUUACUAAGAAGAGUGAUUUAAAAAGACAUCAACUCGUUCACAGUGGAGUUAAACCAUUCAGCUGUGAUCAGUGUGGAAAGGCUUUUACUGACAGGAGUAAUCUAGCAAAACAUCAACUCAUUCACAGUGGAGUUAAACCAUUCAGCUGUGAUCAGUGUGGACAGGGUUUUACUCACAAGAAUAAUCUAGCAAAACAUCAUCUCAUUCACAGUGGAGUUAAACCAUUCACCUGUGAUCAGUGUGGAAAGGGUUUUACUCGGAGGAGUCACUUAAAAAGACAUCAACUCAUUCACAGUGGAGUUAAACCAUUCAACUGUGAUCAGUGUGGAAAGGCUUUUACUCGCGUGCUCUCUUUGAAAUCCCAUCAACUCAUUCACAGUGGAGAGAAAUUGUUUGGCUGUGAUCAGUGUGGAAAGGCUUUUACUCGCGUGCUCUCUUUGAAAUCCCACCAACUCAUUCACAGUGGAGUUAAACCAUUCAGCUGUGAUCAGUGUGGACAGGGUUUUACUCACAAGAGUACAUUAAAAACUCAUCAACUCAUUCACAGUGGAGUUAAACCAUUCAACUGUGAUCAGUGUGGAAAGGCUUUUACUCACGUGCUCUCUUUAAAAUCCCACCAACUCGUUCACAGUGGAGUUAAACCAUUCAGCUGUGAUCAGUGUGGAAAGGCUUUUACUCAGAAGAGUACGUUAAAAAAUCAUCAACUCAUUCACAGUGGAGUUAAACCAUUCAACUGCGAUCAGUGUGUGAAAACAUUUACUCAACAUGAACAGUUGUCGAUCCAUCAAUGCCCCCAUUCUGGUAGAAAGCGGUACCACUGUGACUCCUGUGAAAAAACUUUCAGCUCCCAACAGACCUUAAAAUAUCACCAACGCAUCCACACUGGACAUGAUGUGUGGAUAUGUGAUCACUGUGGCAAACUAUUUGUAAUGUACUCGCAGUUAAAAGCUCAUGAAGUGACCCACACUGGGGUUAAACCAUACAUUUGUGACCAGUGUGGGAAACGCUACAGCUCCACUGCAUGCCUCAAAGUUCACCAACGUGUCCACACUGGGGAGAGACCAUACAGAUGUGACAAGUGUAAGAAGACUUUUACAACUUUGGGUUCCCUGAAACAACACCAGCAGAUCCACACCAGAAAGAAAGCAUUCAAUCAGUGUCACAGUGAGCAGAACGGAACAGAUGGACAAAACUCUCAGACUUGUCAGCACUCUGCCAAUGGUGAACAGUGCUGCUUUGACCAGUCUGGACCAACGUCCAACCAACAAGGAACCCUACAACGACACCAGCGUAUGCACACUGGACACAAACUGAACCCCUGCCAAGAAGAUUUGUCCAUGCAGGGUUCAGUAAAAGUUCAUGAAGUCCUCCACAAACUUAAAGUCCUUGAGAUCCGGCUUCACAGAAUUCAGGUCUAAUUUCUUUGUUUAGUGUCUUCGUUGCUUCGUUGCAAAAUCCAUUAAGAGGAAAGCUGUCAUUAACAGACGUGACUGUAAAUUAAUUAAACCAUUCAAAGUGGUUACUCAGUUAAAUGAAUUAUCAGUGGUAGAGGGAUAGACGUCUGGAUGGAGGCAGUGAGCAGCAGGGCGAAUUUCCUCAAUUACCACCUUAAUGGUUCCUGAGAUCCCUCUGGGCUGCAGGAACCCGUUAGAUGCAGAGCUGGUUCAGUGAUUGUCUGAUGAUUAAUCAUAAUUAAUUGAGGAGAUUACUGGCCUUAGGAUUCCUAUCUAUCUAUCUAUCUAUCUAUCUAUCUAUCUAUCUAUCUAUCUAUCUAUCUAUCUAUCUAUCUAUCUAUCUAUCUAUCUAUCUAUCUAUCUAUCUAUCUGUCUAUCUGUCUAUCUGUCUGUCUGUCUGUCCAAACUUUCUCAGCUAAAACAUCUGCACCUCUGCUGCUGUGUGAAGUAGUCAUUACAGGAGAGAAAGUGUAGAAAAUCUGACAGAUUUUGUCAAGUGGUCCAGAAAAAUCUGACUACCCCUACAACUUCUCUCCUGUAAUGAUAGUAAUAAGUAAUACAUAGUUGAUACUUCACACAGCAGUAGCAGAGGUGCAGAUGUUGUAUCAUAUUGUGAACUGGCCCUAUAAAAAUAACAACAAUAACAAAUUACUUUAUACUUAAGAACGAUACUUAUAUUAAAGACUUUAUACAUAAAUACCAGACAUAUUUUGAUGCCAUAUCUUGCAUUCUUAGGGGAGUCUGAUUUUAAGUAAGGAGAUAUGAAGUUUUCUAAGUGAACAAUUAUUUUAAUGACACGUGUAGAACACUGAUGGAAUGUGAACAAUAUUUGGCGACUGCACCCUGUCCUGUCCUGAUGUCCUCAUAGGAGUGAAGCUGAGCGUAGCAUAGAAUCUCCCCGAUGCCAUUUAGGGUGGGCACAUACGGAUGAGAAGAGGAGGAGAAACAUGUCACCUAAUCAUAUUUAACAGGAAAACAUGUCUGCAGGUCAGCACUUAGUCACAUUUAACCCAAAAACAACAGCAAAAGCAGUAAACGUACGACAGAAAAACCUGUCAAGUGGCCACAGAGUGAAAAGUAAGUCACACGCGUUCACGCGAAGGGGGAGUCAGAUUUUUCCGGGGAGUGUGAAAAUUGCACAACACCUGGGUUAGUCUGUAUCCUUUUUUCUGAUUGGCUGAGACGAGACACGUGACAGUGUGCAUCUAUUAAUGAUCGGAAGCAUUCAGGUCGUUCCGGUUAUACUCGGUAGCGCUCUUCAGUAAAGGAGACGCAGUUUGUUAUUUUCUUUGAUUAUCGCUCGGCAAAUUACAAAAAAGUUGCAAGUUAACCCUUUUUUCACAUUUAUUAGGCAAAAUUAGCUUCGCCAUCGUGGCUAAACACGCUAAAAAUGGCUUUGCCAUCCUGAGGAAGGCUUCGCCUAUGGAGAAGUGGAGAAUGGCUAGCGCAAGCACAGAGACACCCUGAAAAUUUGACACAAUCUUAAAUAUUAUGAAAUAUUUGUUGAAAAGUCUUUUUCGUGUGUUUCUAAGGGUGUGGCUGCAUCAGAAAGACACAAAUACAAAUGAUAUUUUUUUGGUUUGUUGUUUACAAGAAAUAUUUUAUGGAACCAGUCAAUUUUCAGUUUUAAUGUCUUUUAUUAGGAUGUGUUUAGUUUUAUGAUUGUACUAAAAUAAAUGACUCUUGAAGACCUCAAA